AUGCUGAGAGAAGAUACAUACCGGUUUACAACUGUGGUAUUGGGACUUAAAGGAGAACAUUUAAGGCUUGAUAUGAUGACUGGACAACAAAGUUUACCGGAUACCUUCGAUGGAAGUGUAGAUCUGGGUAUUAUUGGUGGAACAGGGCUUUAUAACUUGGAUUGUGUAGUUCCAAUUGCGGUCCUGCCUCCGGUUGAGACACCUUGGGGGACGACCUCUUCUCCAGUAACAAUUUCUAAGGUUGAAAACGUGAGUGGUGAGCCAUUUCAUGUUGCAUUUAUUGCUAGACAUGGUAUCAACCAUGAAUACCCUCCAUCCAAGGUGCCAUAUCGUGCCAAUAUUGCCUGCUUGAAACACUUGAAGUGCAAGGCGAUUUUGUCUUUCAGUGCAGUUGGAUCCUUACAACAGCAUAUUAAGCCUAGGGAUUUUGUUUUACCACAGCAGAUUAUUGAUAGAACCAAGGGUAUUAGGGAAUCUUCAUACUUUAAUGAUGUGGGUCUUGUUGGACAUGUUGGGUUUGGUGAGCCGUUUUCGCAUAGUUUUGCCAAGUACAUCUAUCAAUUCAAAGAUGCAUGGGAAAAUCCAGACUCCGAGGAACCAUGCACAUUACAUUUUGACAAGGAUAUCACAGUUGUAUGUAUGGAGGGUCCUCAAUUUUCAACGAGGGCUGAAUCUAAGAUGUACAGGAUGCUUCGAGGUUCUGUUAUCAACAUGAGCGUAUUGCCGGAGGCUAAGUUGGCACGUGAAUGUGAGAUUCCAUACCAAAUGGUAUGUAUGUCCACUGAUUACGAUGCAUGGAGGGACGAGCAUGAAUCGGUUACUGUGGAGACAGUCAUGGGUAAUCUCAGCAACAAUAGCCGUAAUGCAAACGUGUUAGCAUCUAGGGUCAUUGUUGAGAUGGCUAGUGAAAUUCCAGAAUUCAUGCUUACUGGAGACGGUCUACGUGGCAGUAUCAGUAUGUCUAUUUCCACCAAGCGCAGUGCAAUCUCACAAUCUGCGAUGAAGCAGUUGAAGUACCUCUUUAGUUCUGUGGACUCUUGGUGA